CCGAUCAAACCGAGGAAGUAUGUAAACCGUUCUAGUAAACCAGAAAAUCGGGAAAGACCAUUCAUCUGUCCAGCAGAAUCAUGUGACAGAAAGUUUUCACGAAGUGAUGAACUAACCCGCCACAUUAGGAUUCACACUGGUCACAAGCCUUUCCAAUGCCAAGUAUGCCAGAGGUCAUUCAGCAGGAGUGACCAUCUUACAACGCACACUCGAACACAUACAGGUGAACGACCGUAUGGAUGUGAUCUCUGUGAAAGAAGGUUUUCCAGGAGUGAUGAAAAAACGCGCCACAUGAAAGUACAUUUGAAAAACAAGACGCUUAAA